GCAUAAUUGAACGAGAGGUCUAAACCUAAUUCAAACAGUAAUCUUGUAAUAAUUAAUUUUCAGACUCAGACUAUGGGGAAAGAAUUUAAAAAUACCGGAAUGCACCAUUUUGAGGGCGGAUGGCCGAAAGAAAUCGAUCCUUCAGAUGAGGAUGCAAAGGCAAGAUUUCGAAGACGAGUUGAAAAGGAAGAAAAUUGGUAUUCGAAAUUAAAAACUUUAUUUAACACUACUGAAAAUGCAAUUCUCCAAAACAACGCAAUUAAUGUUUACGACCAUUACUUUAAUGAUGUAAUACCAUCGGAUUUAAAAGAAAUGCCAUCUGCAAUGUAACGAGCGAAUGGAUUUUGAGAAUUGUUAAAUCUGAUCCUUUUUAAGAUUGUAAAUGAGAUGUCACUUUUUAACAUGACAUGAUGAGCCUG